GACACCGAAAUUGUCGUGUUUCGUCGUUUAAGUCUUUAAGGACAAGUUGGUGAUUAGAGUUGUUUCGUUUUUUUGACCCGCGCAGUGCCGAAAAUGAGACUCGAAGCUUUGCGAGCUGGCUUAAUAAGCCAGUGGUUCUCAAAUGAGGGUACGCGUACCCCUGGGGGUACUUGAAGGUAUGCCAAGGGGCCACGGAUCCGUGGAAGACAUGCUGGAUGUCGAGAAUAAACGUCUGUCCGAGAACCUGGCCACCAAAGUCUCGAGGCUGAAAUCUCUGGCGUACGAGAUCGACAGAGAGGCCGAAGACCAGAAUGAGUAUUUGGACGGCAUGGACUCCAACUUCCUGAGCGCCACCGGCCUGCUGAGCGGCAGCGUCAAGCGUUUCUCCAGCAUGGUGCGCUCCAGCCGAGACAACCGCCGCAUCCUCUGCUACGUCUCCGUGGGCCUGGUCCUGGCCUUCUUCCUGCUCUACUACCUGGUCUCCAGGAUCCAGCGCUGACGUCCACUGAGGCCGGACUCUAGAACAUCAUGUCUGCAAGACUUUGCACCAGGACGAAAGGAAAGGGGCGUGGAAGUGACCAGCAGGGGGCGUAGGAGCAGCUUUAAACCAAAAACCCAACUUCCUAGCGCUGUAAGUGCAUCAGAAGAGCUGGGUGUAUCUGGAGAAUUGGGGUGUGACAUUUUUAAUGGGGAAAGACGUCAAUGACUCUUGUUUUCAUGCUAGAAUUUAGAAUAUGAAAUGUCAUCAGUAACUAAACUUCUUAAAGUUCAAAGGAAGGACAAAUAUGCUUUAUUAGACUUUGCUGGUGACUCAAGGAUCAAGUCAAUCAUAUUUUGGAAAUAAUUCGAAGUUAAGUCAAAGUUGUAAUAGAGUUGCCUUACAUGCAUUAGCUUGGAACUCUUCUUAGCAUACACACAAGUUUAACUGCAAAGACUAAUUGGUACAUAUUUCUCUUUUGAUAUUGUUUGUUCAUGCUUAUGAUUUUUACGUUCACCUUUCUCAAUAUUUACAGGGAACAAUUAUGAGUUUUUUCUGCCUUAUGGUACUUUGUAGCAGGGGUGUCCAAACUUUUUACACAGAAAUCUAAGCAUCUGGAGACCAUUUUCAUAUGUUUUAUAUUCGUCUGUCUAUCUAUCUAUCUUAUCUAUCUAUCUAUCUAUCUAUCUACACACAUAGGGUAGAAAAUGAAUGGAUGGAUGGAUAUAAAUAUGUAUAUAUAUUAUAUAUAUGUAUAUGUGUUUGUUGUUGUUUUUUACUUGUAGGUCUCCCCUCAAGUUUGGUCCCAAGAACCGGGAAGGGUAUUCGUCAUAAAAAAGUCAUACAUUUAUUUUUUUCUUAUUUAUUAAACGCUUAAAUCUC